CCGUGUUUCGUCCAAUUUUUAACGCAGAUGAUCGAAUGGGAGAACGGUCCGUAGAAAAUCUGAAGUUGAUGUGUAUUGUGCGUCUUGAGCUAUCUUAACUCUUAGCGGGAUUUAAUCCCCGCUCUAUCCGUGUGAUCUUUUGAAGACUGUGAAAUUACUUGUCGAUGGCUGGCCAGAAAUUUGAAUAUGAUGAGAAAGGAUCAACUUUUCUCUAUUUUAUUUUAUCAUUUCUGGGAUUAUGCCUGAUCCCUGCGACAUAUUAUGGUUGGCCACCUGGUGAAAAGCCCGAAGAGCAUACGCCUCGACGUUGCCGUUGUGAACCAUGUCAGCAGAAAAAAGCUCAGUUGAAAAACAAGGAUCCUUGGAAGAAAGUCAAAUGGCGGUUAAGAAAAUUGUGUAUUCUUUGCGGAUGGCUGUUUUUCGCGUUCCUCGUGUUCAAAGCGAGUCAGUUCGACUACGAGUACGCGAACUUCGAUCCAUACGACAUAUUGCAAGUGGAUCCGAGUGCAUCAAACCGAGAAAUCAAAAAAGCUUAUCACAAACUCUCGUUGAAAUAUCACCCGGACAAAGAAACGGGUGAUGAGAAGCUCUUCAUGAAGCUUACGAAAGCUUAUGAAGCGUUGACUGAUGAAACAUCGAGGAGAAACUGGGAGUUGUACGGGAACCCCGACGGUCCAGGUGCUAUGACCUUCGGGAUUGCGCUUCCUUCGUGGAUCGUUGAAAAAGAAAACUCAAUUUUGAUCCUGGGUGUUUACGCGAUGGUUUUCAUGGUUGCUCUUCCAACUGUAGUCGGCAUUUGGUGGUACAGAUCCAUCCAGUAUUCGAGUGACGCAGUGUUAUUUGACACGAGUCAGAUUUACUACUACUUUUUCCACAAAACCCCGUCGAUGAUGCUGAAGCGGGCCUUAAUGGUUCUUGCUGCGUCCUUGGAAUUCGAUAGCUCUCAUGCGAGAGAAAUGAAACCUCGUCCUUCCGACAAUGAACAGGUUCCGCAGGUCAUCAAGCAAUUCGUUGAUCUUGGAGAAAAGACGCAAGAUCGACCUUUGUGCUUCGUGUACUCGAUAAAAGCACGAGCGCUGAUAUGGGCGCAUCUUCAUCGGUACCCACUGCCUCCGAAUACCCUUGAGAAAGAUAGAUUAUACGUCGUCAAGAAGUGUCCUGAUCUCAUUCAAGAAAUGGUCAACUGCGUGUCACAGUUGAUGCUACUCGCACAUGCCAAACGAAUUUCUCGGAUGCCGGCACUCGCAACCAUCGAGAAUGUGAUGAAAAUCAGCCCCAUGAUUGUUCAAGCACUGUGGGAUAACAAAAGCCCAUUGUUGCAGUUGCCUCACAUCAACGAAGAUUUACUACGACAUUUCGUCACGAAAAGAAGAAGCGUCAAAAGCAUCCGUCAAUUUGCUCUUUUGCCGUAUGACGAAAAACGAAGCAUUUUGCGUAGCCUGAAUGACGAAGAGUUCAAUAACGUCAUGAAUGUCGUGAAGAAUAUGCCGAAUGUUACGAUGGAUGUUAGGCCCGAGGUUCUAGAUGACGAAGAUUCUGGGAAGAUCACGGCGAAAGCCAUUGUAACAGUGACGGUUACGUUGAGAAGAGAACCGAUGGAAGGGAUCAUGGAAGGUGCUCCUCUCACUCCGGGUCUGAAAAAGAAGCCGGAGAAAGUGUCGAAUGAGGAUGAAGGCGCGGAAGAAGGAGAAAACGAAGAGCAGAAAGAAAAGCCAAAAAAACCAGUUUGGCAGAAGGCGAAGAAGAAGAGCAAAGCGAAGAAAGGCGGGAAGAAAACAGGUGCGAAUAAAGCUCAGAGGGGCAAUUUGGUUCGUCGUAACGUUGGCAGUGGUGAUGCUGACCGAGAUGAAUCUAAUACGCCUGAAUCAACUCCGGGUCCAGACACAGUUUCCAAGGAAAAGCGCAAUCAGAGUUCAAAAGCAAAAGACAGUGGCACAGAAGAUUCAGGUAGUGAAUCUGAUACCGGAGACGAAAGCGAAAACGAGGGAGAAUUGCAAAACGCUUUAGAUCAGGAAAAAGCCGAGAAAGAGACAAGUGACGAGGAUGACGAAGCGGAAUGGGAGAAGUGUCAGAACAAACUUGCCAAGAAGGAAAAAAUGAAAUUGUUGGAAGGCAGAGCUCGGAUUUCUCAUCCUGUCCACUGUCCUUUCUUCCCCGAAGAGAAGCACGAAUAUUGGUGGGUGUACAUCUGUGAUAAACGCAACAAGCGAAUGCUGUCAGUCCCGCUGCACGUGACGGACUUGGCAGAUGAAGAAGAAGUUCAGCUGAGAUUCACGGCGCCUCCGAAACCGGGAACGUACUCUUUUACUGUGUACUUGCGCUCGGAUUCGUACUGGGAUUUUGACCAGUUCAAGACUAUAAAGGACCAGAAAAUCUUGAGGCCUCUGAUUGGCCACCAAAAGUUGCAUCAAAGAUGUCUGGGCGCCAAGCUCGAAGUGCACGAAGCGGCGAAGGUGCCGACGGAGCAUCCACAGUGGGACAUGAGUGACGACGAGGAGGAGCGCGAGGACGAGGAAUCUGACGGUGGCAUCUCUGACUACACCGUCGACGACGACGCUGACGAUGAUGCCUUUGACGAAGACGACCUCAGCGAGGAGUAGACCCGUCUCUCAAGGAAUAUUUGUUUUAUCCGGAUCGGGAAGAGAGAUACGGUCUUCGUCGUCGAACUUCGUUGACGACAUUGGUUUUUCUCCCCGAAUCUCAGGAUCUCGCGUCACAAAGUUUCGUCUUGCCUCUCGCCAAAAAUCAGCGGCUUUCGCAUUAAAAUUCGGAGCGGUGGAGGGAGUGUUUGUUAGGAUCAGGGUAGUCGCCGGAUGUUUGCUCAACGAGAAGUUUCCCGCAGUUUCGCGUAUUAAUUUCGAGUUGUGAAAUUUCUUCGUUGACGAAAGAAAGUUUGCUUAAUUGAAUAGCUGGGUUGAUCUUGCAUUUACUUUCGAAUUUAUUCGCUUUCGUUUCUUUUUCGUGUUCUUGUUGAAAAUCCCGAUGAAAGGAAAUGGCGUGCUUUCGUUCAUGACGGUUUUCAUCUUACCGGUUCUAACAAAGAAUCCCUGCUUUCCAGAAAGCGGGGCAGUCUUGAAUCCGACUCCACGAAAGCUGCAUGAAUGAGGCAGUGAGUCCUUUUGAAAUCAGCCCCGAGACGGAAAUUAUGUUUUGAAGAAAACGUGGAGGGAUAGGAAGUAAUUUAUUUUGGUAUAUCAAGUAUAUGUUAAUCGGAUUCCAAAUUACUGUUCCGUGGUGGGAAUUUUCCUGAGGCGAUUCCUCGAUGUUUUGUUUCAUUGGUUACUUGCGUUGCCGAUAAAUUUCUGCGUGUUUUUUGUUUUUUUUUGCGUCCCGGGAGGCGAUUUGUAUAUUAUUCUUUUAUUUGAGAAAACGCAGGAUACUCGUAGACAUAUUUUGUUGGCGUUAUUGCAUGGCGGGAUUUGGUUUUGUUCCGUUUUCGCGGUUGAAAUUGCCUGCGUGUUAUCAAGAUUUACGCUGUCUUGUUGAGUUGUGCUCUUACGUGAUUAUACGGUGGAUUGGAUGUUGA